AGAAGUUGGAAAAGAUGAGGGAUUGUGAACGAAAGGAAGAAACUUUCACCCCAAUGCCUAGCCCAUACUACAUGGAACUCACCAAACUCCUAUUAAAUCACGCUUCAGACAACAUCCCUAAAGCAGAUGAGAUCCGGACCCUGGUCAAGGACGUGUGGGAUACUCGCAUAGCCAAGCUCCGAGUGUCCGCUGACAGCUUUGUGAGACAGCAGGAGGCGCACGCCGAGCUGGAUAACUUGACCCUGAUGGAGAUCAACACCAGCGGGGAGUUUCUCACACAGGCGCUCAAUCACAUGUACAAACUGCGCACAAACCUCCAACCUUCCGAGAGUUCCCAGUCUCAGGACUUCUAG